CUUUUCUCUUCCUCCCACUGUUUAUUUUCUUCCACUUUUUCUAUCAUAUAUUUGCUAAUGAAUUUCUUGAGUUUUCCCUUCUUGUAUUGUCACAACCCAUGCGAUUUGCUUGCGAAAAUUUGACUCUUUAUUGUUUAUUUUCUUUUGCCAUUUCAUGGCUUCAAUUGCCCCAACUGGGUUAGGAUUUGCGGGCUCAGAUUUUCAUGGUAGGUGCUUGUGCUUCCCAAAGAUCAGGUUAGUGUCUUACAAUAGGAAACAAAAUGCUCUGAUGUUUAGAACCAGAUGCAGUAUAUCAUCUUCAAGGCCUGCUUCUCAGCCGAGGUUCAUACAACACAAGAAAGAGGCAUUUUGGUUUUACAGGUUCUUAUCUAUAGUGUAUGACCAUAUCAUAAAUCCUGGUCACUGGACUGAGGACAUGAGAGAUGAGGCGUUAGAGCCUGCUGAUCUCUAUGAUAGGAAUAUGAGAGUGGUAGAUGUUGGCGGCGGGACUGGAUUUACAACUCUUGGUAUAGUUAAGCAUGUGGAUGCCAAAAAUGUUACAAUUCUUGAUCAGUCACCACAUCAGCUUGCCAAGGCGAAAAAGAAGGAGCCCUUGAAGGAAUGCACCAUAAUUGAAGGUGAUGCAGAGGAUCUCCCAUUCCCGACUGAUUACGCAGAUCGCUAUGUGUCAGCUGGAAGUAUUGAGUACUGGCCAGACCCACAACGUGGCAUCAAAGAAGCAUACAGGGUACUAAAAAUAGGAGGUAAAGCCUGUGUCAUAGGUCCUGUGUAUCCAACCUUUUGGUUGUCUCAAUUCUUUGCAGAUAUGUGGAUGCUCUUUCCAAAGGAGGAAGAGUAUAUUGAAUGGUUUACGAAAGCUGGUUUCAAGGAUGUUAAGCUGAAGAGGAUUGGUCCAAAAUGGUACCGUGGAGUCCGUCGGCAUGGAUUGAUCAUGGGUUGCUCUGUGACAGGUGUAAAGCCUUUAUCAGGAGACUCCCCCCUACAGCAGCUUGGUCCUAAGGCAGAGGAUGUAAAGAAGCCUGUGAAUCCAUUUGUGUUCCUCCUAAGGUUUCUUCUUGGGACCAUUGCAGCAACCUACUUUGUACUGGUUCCCAUCUACAUGUGGAUCAAAGAUAAAAUCGUCCCAAAGGGUCAACCUAUAUGAAUCAAGAGGAGGAUUCGAGGGUCUGCCUCAGAUUAUGGUUAAUUUGUCAUUCGAUUUCCUUUUGAAGCCAGCCUGAUGAGACAUGCUGUUCUAUUUCUUUGGCUGAAGUAGCAACGCUGCAAAGCUCAGCUGUUAUGGCUGCAACUGACAGUGUUCGUGAGGUAAAAUGUAACAGUAUGUUCCUACUGUUAGCAACUCGGUUUAUAACUACAGCUUUAUUGCAUGUAUAAAUUUAGCUACUUUCUUUUCACUGUUUCAUAAAACAAAAUCAGCAAGAACUAAGAAUCCAAAAUUUGGUUAACUUCA